AUGAGUUAUUCAGCGUUUUUCUAUGGCUCUUUAAUGUCAAAGGUUGUACUUUUAAGAGUCCUAUGCGGUCCAACUGCAUCUGAUCAUGACAAAACACUUAAAUUGGAUUCAAUACAGUUGGGACCUGCUUUGUUGAAGGGGUAUAAACGACACUCUCUUAUUGGGGAAGAAUAUCCUGCUCUGAUUAACACUGGAGAUAAACACGACGCUGUAAUGGGUGUUAUUUGUCAAGGGCUAGAGUUGGAAGAUAUCAAAGCAUUGGAUUGUUUUGAAGGAGAUGACUACGAGCGUGUGCCUACCAAGGUGCUCUUGAAAAAUAAUACUUUGACUGAUACAGAGGUUUAUAUCUGGAUUGGAGAUAAAAAGCUGUUAUCCGGGGAAGAAUGGAGUUUUGACUACUUUAUUACUUCAGGCAAAGAACAGAAAUGGCUUAAUGAGCGAUGCGAAUUUUACAAUGUAGAUAAACUUCACGCAAUUGAUGAAGUCAAAUAG